UCUACAGAAAACUUGCCGGAAUUUUUUCUUUCGACGAUAACACCGCUGAUUCGUGAAGCGUGGAACUCCAAUCCAAAAGGCCGGCCAAAAUUGCGCAAAUUUGACCGAGCCAUCCGAUUGGCCAGCACGGCUGAAGGCAUCCACGGGUCCCUGGUAUAACGCAUGUUCAUACAGCUGGCGAGAUAUUUCAUUAAGCUGGAACGUGAUGUUGCCGACCGGACGUCACAGUUGAAAUCGGAAAGGGAAAAAGCCGAUCAACUACUGCGGGAAAUGUUGCCCCAAGAAAUCGUGAAAAAGCUGCGGAACGGACUUCCCGUAGUACCUGAGUACCUGGAAUCCGUGAGCGUGUAUUUCAGUGACAUGUGCGGAUUUGCUGAGUUCGUGACAACCGUCGCGCCGCCGGAUGUCGUGAACUUUUUGCACAGUGUAUAUUCCGCCUUUGAUAAGUCGGUUGCCGGUUUUUCUGUUUACAAGAUGGAAACAAUUGGAAGCAGUUAUAUGGUCGCCCAGAAAAAUUUCGGUGAGUGGAUCAACAAGUUGUGAAAACCUCUUUGACGACGACACAGUAAAGAUUUCAGUCGGUUUGAGACUGGGCGUAAAGAUCUGCGAGCCGCAUUCACGUGCAAAGUAUCACAAGUUCGUAGAUGAGUAUGGACACCACGGCUUACCCUGCUCCUUUUCCGCUGGAAGACAUGCACGCCACGGCGGUUAAUAGUAUUUUGUGUAGAUCGUUAGUGUCAGCCGGCAUCGCGAAUAAGCUGGAACCCCGGGGCACAUCCCACACGUCCGAUCGUCGUCCGGAUGGGUGCACAACCUUUGCCUGUUGCGUGCUAUGUGCCUGGCAUGGGACGCGACCUGUGUGGAUACCGUUGCAAUGUCUCAUAUGCAAUCCACGUCAGUUACCGCAGGAGUUGCAGCUGCUGAGGCCGAGAUAAAAAAUUACGACUGUAGUCGUACUUGGAGGGUAGAUAUGUCUUCCCUCCACUAGGUUUCGAAACUCUUGGACCAUGGGGGAAGCUAGCCAUACUCUUAGUAAAAGAAAUCGGCAAACGACUUCAACCACACACGGGUGAACCUCGCUCCCAUGAAUUUCUCCGCCAACGGUUGUCACUAGAAAUUCAGCGGGGCAACGCCGCUUCAGUACUCGGAACAGUGGAUG